AUGUAAAGAGGCUGAACCAGGUGUGAUGUGGUCAGACCUCUCGGUCCUGGUUUACAGCCGAGUUCUGUACAGUCUGCAGUCGUGUCAGAGUUUUCUGAUUAAGACGAGUGAACAGGCUGUUACAGCAAAUCGAGGCGCGUAAACAUCACGUCCUGGUUUCAGGAACUUGGAUAAGCUCUCAUCCUGUCUUUGGGAAAUCUGGAUAUGCUACCUGGAGCAGAAACCAGGAUACUGUGGCGUGUCAACACCUUAUCCAGGUUUCUGAACCGUCUUCGUUGGUGCACAUCGUGCUGGCUGAGGUGGUGAGAAAUCGAGACACAGGAUCAGGAACCUGGAUACCGUCAUGAUCACGUGCACAGGGAUGUCAGCAACCAUGUUUUUCACGUUCCAUGUAAACGCCAUAUCCAGAAUAUGAUCAAAAACAGGCUCGUGCGCAUGUAAACACUAAUAUCAACUGAGGUGGGUCCGUUAUCACCUCUCACAUCUCGUGGCCCUGUGUCUUUUAACCCUGUGCAGAGUCUGCUUGGUUCCUGGGUCUCAGGGCCAAUAACUAAUCCAACAUCUGACUCAUCAAAAGCAGAUUUUCUUUCAAAAAGUCAUCGAAAAUUGAUGAAUGCCACGUGUUACUUUUAAUUAAUUGGAACCUUUUUGAUUGUUUUGAUCUUUUCUUGUUGCUGCUGUGCAUUUGUGUCUGCUGCUUCUCCUGCAGAGCCGGAUUAUUUCCUGAUCUUUGUAUUUGGCUUGGUUUAUUUUUUUGUCUUUUCUUGUUUUACUGAUCCUGUGUGAUUUUAAACUUUAAAUUUGUUUUUACUGUUGCUGUUUGUGUGGAGAAUAAAAAAAAGACUAGCAAACACUUUGUGGGAUCCAAAUAAAUAAAGAUGAAGUCGAUUAAAUCCUCUACAGUAAACUGUGUGUGUGUGUGUGUGUGUGUGUGUGUGUGUGUGUGUUGCAGUGAUGAUGUUGGAAGUGAGAGCAGCUGCAGGAGUCCGGACAUGUGACCCUCCACACAGGAAGAAGAAGAAGAGUCAAGAAAUGAGUCAGAGAUUCCUCACAAAGAAAAUCGGACUAAAAACCCAACAACAAAAACCAGCACCAGCAGGACCAGCACCAUGCCGGGCUGCGGGGUUCUCGGUCUGUGUCAGUAUGAAACCAACAAACUGGUCCGGAUCCAGAGCGUCCGGCUGGGCUCCCUGAAGUGGAGCCUGAACGGAUUCAUUCUGCUGUUCAUCUGCAUCAUGAUGCUGUGGAACAGGAAGUACCAGGAGUUCGACCUGGUGGUGAGUUCUGUCACUACCAAGGUGAAGGGUGUAGCUCAGACCCACAUGCUCGGGGUCGGGGACGUGGUCUGGGAUGCGGUGGACUACAGCGGGCCCUCACAGGACAGAAACUCCUUCUUUGUGGUGACCAACGUCAUUGUGACAGAGAAACAGAAGCAGGGAAAAUGCCCAGAGGUUCCCCUCAAAGGCAGACUGUGUCGGACUGAUAAGGACUGUGAGAAAGGAGACUGGGAUCAGUGGAGUCACGGGAUUCAGACGGGAUCAUGUGUGAAGUUUGACGUGUUGAAGAAAACCUGUGAGGUUUCUGCGUGGUGUCCAAUCGAAACCAAGACGAACCCUCCGAGGCCUGCUCUGCUGGCAGCCGCUGAGAACUUCACAGUCCUCAUCAAAAACAACAUCCGGUUCCCUGCGUUCAACUUCAUCCGAAGGAACAUCCUCCCACAGAUGAACGACGCCUACCUGAGGAGCUGUCAGAGAGGCAACGACUCGCUGUGUCCCAUCUUCAGACUGGGAGACAUCGUGCGAGAGGCCGGAGAAAAGUUCUCUGAAAUGGCAGUAGAGGGGGGCGUCAUCGGCAUCCAGAUCAAAUGGGACUGCAACCUGGACCGGCUCAUGCAGCGCUGCCUGCCCAAAUACUCCUUCAGACGGCUGGACGAGAAAGAGAGCAACAAGACACUCUACCCCGGCCUCAACUUCAGGUAUGCAAAGUACAACACGGUGAACGGAGUGGAGGAGCGAACGCUGUACAAAGCAUUCGGCAUCAGGUUUGAGGUCAUGGUGUUCGGACAGGCGGGAAGGUUCAGCUUCAUCCAGCUCAUCAUCUACAUCGGAUCAACGCUGUCGUACUACGCUCUGACGACCAUGUUGAUCGACUGGCUGAUUGGAACCAGCUGUUACUCUGCAGAGGUCGGACAAAACUACUUCCAGAGGAAAGUGGAGUCGGUCCAAGACAAACAGAAGUGCAUCCUCUGUGUGUCCUACGUUGAUGAGGACAACCUUCGACUGGUGAAGAGAUCACAGAAGAAAAGUUUACAAGACGUCAAACCGACUUCUGUUGAGCCACGCACGGACGACGCAGGACAUCUGAGAGCCGUUCUCUGUCUGCUACAGCCGGGCGUAGGCGUGGGUCGUGAUGCUCAGCCUCCCCUCGACAAUAAACCCGACCCGAACCACAAACCCCGUCGUCCAGCCUGGUGUAAGUGCGAGCGCUGCGGUCCCUCCUCCCUCCCUCAGGAGGAGCUGUGCUGCCGGCGGAGCGGCGGCGCCUGCAUCACCUCGUCUCCUCUGUUCGAGCAGCUCGUGUUGCGUCGCUCCCUGCUGGAGGCCGUCCUUCUGUACCAGGACCCUCUGUCUCCGCCCGCUGAUCAAGGCCAGACGGCCGCCCUGCGUCACUGCGCCUACAGACAGUACAUCAGCUGGAGGUUUGGGGUCCCACCCAACGACACCCACCCUGCCAUCCCCAGCUGCUGUGUGUGGAGAGUCAGGGAGGCGUACCCGAGCCCGGACGGACAGUACAGCGGCUUCAGACCUGCCAGGAUGGCGUCCAUGAAGGCCUGCGCUAACGGAGAGCUGUGAGAGGAGUGUUACAGAGCAGAGACCCCCCCCCCCCGCUGACUGACCUACUAAUAGUGUUCUUAUGUUAAAUCUGCCUUUACAAAGCAAAAAAAAAAUGCAAUAACUUUACUCAAAUGUGCAGAAAAUUAAAAUAAGUCAGUUUUUGUCAGCUUGCGUUCGGUCAGCAGGGGAAAAACCUCACUGAGUCAAUAAUUCACUGCAUUUUCUAAGAUCACAUGUCAAGUCAUUUGGCUGCUCAGUAAAAAAUAUCUAUGGAGCAAUUUUUCUCUGUUUCACUCCCUUUUUAAGCAGCUUUUUGCUUUUUAUGGGGCAGACAUAUCAUUUUUAACAUCACUAACACGAUCAGACAAAGGAUUUCUCCUGCCAGGAAUGUGUUCGCCUCCGUCACAUCAUAUGGAAAGAUUAAGAGUUUUGUUCCUACAGGCGAUAGAAAGAAAUAAACAACUCUAUUUCAAACCGCAAACAGGUCAUGACAAAAACUUUUAGUUCACUGUGUUGAAGACCUGAUUUGAACAGCUAAUAAUGAUCCAAUAACAACAUAAAGCUCACUGAUUGCAGUAACUUGCUUGUUUUAGGGGGCGUUACCUGCUGGAACUGUUUCUUGCAGAAUAAAAGUCGUCAUAGUGAAGUUGCCAGGAUCUUCUAUACAGAGACCAACACCCAAAUCUGUUUUCACAGCCGGAGGCACUGCACAGAAGUCCUGGGCAGAUGGAUAAACUGUUUGUCCUGAAGCCGUUACAGCUUCCCCCCUAAAACCACAAAUGGUCGUUAACUCGCCGUAAAACAGCAAAACUUUUUCACACUUUGGCUUUUGUACAGAUUAAACAAACGAAGUGUUCAUCGGUGAUCUUUAGAGGUGCUGAUAGGUGGAGUUUGUUACCUACGGACACAGCCGAUCUAGCUCUUUACCCCUGUUUCCAGUUUUUAUGCUAAGCUAAGCUAACCGGCUGCUGGCUGCAGCUUCAUAUUUACUGUACGGACACGAGAGCGGUAUUAAUCUUCUGGUUUCACUCUGCAGGAAAGAGAAUAAAUGCAUUUUCCAAAAUGAUGCACAGACAUGAGAUUAAUACCAAUCUUCUGGUUUCACUCUUGGCAAGAAAAGAGAAUAAACCUAUUUCUAAA